AAAAAAUAUUAUAUUAUAAAAAGUAUGGCGAAAUCAAAAAAUCAUACAAAUCAUAAUCAAACCAGAAAAGCACAUAGAAAUGGUAUUCGUCGUCCAAAAACUGGACGUUUUUUGUCUUUGAAAUAUGUGGAUCCGAAGUUUGCAUUAAAUAGAAAAUAUGCCAUACGUGGAACGUUUAAGGCAUUGAAAGAAAAUAGAACAAAGUGUCUUUAAUAUGAUUUUUGAAUAAAGGUUUAUUUAUGUGUAAUUACUAUAAAUU